AUGGAUACACGUUAUUGUCAAUCGAAAAUAAUACAAGCUAGAAUUGGUGCAUUAUAUUUACCGCUGGUACGUUUAGCAUUGGAACAUUGGAAUUCAUUUGGACCACCAGGUGGUGCUUUACAAACUGCUGUCCUAGCAGCAACCACUGCAUUACAUCGAAACACUAAAGAACCAUCAUCAUCAACAUCAUUAUUCUCAUCAGUUAUACAUGAUGAUGAACAUAAUCAUACUGGAGUAUGGUCUCCUCGUCAUCAUUCCAUGGAUAAAUCAACCAUUGCCGCUAAUAAAUCCGAUCCGAUUCGUUCAAUGAAUACAAUAUUUCGACCGGGAAGUAUACACAGUGAUGAUUAUCCUGUAGAAACAAUGCAUCCAAACAGUAAUCAUUUACAACGAACACUGCCGCCGUCACAUCAACCAAGUGUAACAAAUUCUGACAGUGAUUCAUUUAGUUCUUGUUUGUCAAUCACAAAAAAUACUACUAUUGGAUGGAAUAAUGAUCGGAAAUCAUCUGUUUCAAAUGAUUCCAGUGAAGGUCAAUCGAUAGUUCACAAUGCUGUGUCUGACUCGACUGCCAGUUCUUCGAAUGUGAAUAUGAAUUCAACGAAUGCAGCUUAUUUAACAAAAGAUGGUAAAGUACAAAAGCACAUUUUGGAUCAGAUUGCUGGAAUGAAUCAAGGUGGUGCUCUUCAACGUCGUACACAACGAACACGUCUACAGAACUCACCACUAACAACAACAACAACCACCGCCACCUCCACACUGUCAACGGAAACCGACAAACCAUCAAUUAUAGCGUCCAGUCAAUGUCCACGUUCUCAAUCAAUUCAUUCUGUAGAUAGUGUACAACAAGACAAUGAUAUUUUAUCAGGUUAUACAAGUAGUAGUACGCUGACAUUAACUGGUCUCGAUCUGAAUGAUAAUAAUAACAAUAACAAUGCUCAUAAUUACAAUCUUCUCAAUGGGGGUGAUAUGCAACGCCAUGCUAAACAAAAUUGUGAUCAAGAUUGGGCAAAACAAGUACUUACAUUAGCUGGUGUUUAUCCAACAGACCAAGUGAAUCAUGAUGAGCGAUCAAUCAAUUCGGAGAAUUCCCAGUCGAUGUUACCUACUGCCUCAAUGGAAAUACCAUUAGACAUAAAUAUUUCUGAGAUGGAUGACAAUCCGAAUUCUAUUCUCCCAUCAUCAUAUCAUACUAAUCAUCAUCAGUAUUAUGUAUCAUAUCAAAGUGGUGUACAAAAAAUUUAUAUUCCUGAAUUAUUAUCACAGUCGUCAUCAUCAUCAUCGCCAACAACAACAACAACAACGACGCAGCAACAAUCGAACGUCGUCGUUAUUCGUCCACAUCGACAUCAAUAUUCUUAUGAACAAUUACAACAAACUAAUCUACUACCGUAUCGUUUAACUGAUAAUUGUCAACGUGAUUUAUUUAUAUGUUUAUUACAUAUUCUCUCGACUAUUACAAUGAUACAUUUGAAAAGUUUAUUACAAAGUUUCACUAUACAAGAUAGGCUACAUUUUUUAAGUUUAUUAAAAUUUGCUAUUCAACAUUUACGUUAUCGUGGUAAACACUGCAUUCAACAAUAUGAACAUAUAAGUCAUAGUAGUGUUGGACGAACUGCUGGUACUGGUCAUCUUAUGUAUCUUAGCAAUGCAUUAUUAGCUAACAAUGUUGGUCCUCGUAAAAGAAAUAAAAAUUUUCAAAGUGAUCUACUCAAUAAAAAUGUCAAUGAAUCAAACACUGGGGAAAUAGCUGAAAAUAUACCAAAAUUGAAAGUUUUAUUAAAAGCAAAUUUGGCAACUGAAUCAAGUCUAAUCAUCUUAGAUUUACUGAGUACAUUUACAACAGUUUUUAAAUCCGAAUUGACUACAUGUAAACCAAACGAUCCAGUAUUUCGUUCAAUAUUAGAAACGUAUGUAUCAAUAUUGUCUAAUAAUCCAUCAGAUCAUGUUAUACGUCAAACAUUCUCAGCUCUACGUGUAUUUAUUCAUCAAUAUUCUCAGACUCUUUUCUCUGAAUCUACUGAUAUUUUAAGUAUGCUUUGUUUAGCCGGUUUAAAAUGUUCCAAUCAAUGUUUCUUGUCAUUAUCAUCGACUAUCUCGACGAUACCAUUGUCACCUUCGACAGUCAUCACCAGCAGCAACAGCAACAACAACUCUACUAUGUCGAAUUGUACGGAUUCCUCUGGUAAUCCAGUUAGCAAUAGUGUGGAUAGUGUAUCGUCGCCUGACCCGAUGGUAGUCUACAAUAAAUAUAAAUCACCAACCAUGUCCAAAGUAAAAAAUGUCGAAAUCAAUGAUACUACUACUAAUACUACUAAUAGUACUACUGCAACCAAUCAAAUAAUGUUGAAUACUGUUGAUUAUGAUGAGGCUGUUAACAGUCAUCAGCGUCAUAUGAGUCCGGUGAAUAAAAAUCAUAAUCACGCAUUGAUUAGUCGACUUUGUUUAGAUGCAUGCGGUUUUUUAUAUUGUUUAUGGAAGUGUAGUUUUCAAACAUUUCAACGAAUUGGUUUUCAUCGUGUACAUUUACAAACAAUUAUAGCUAUAUCUAAACUUGUCACAGAAUUAAGUCCUGGUUUUGAAGCAAGUUUAAAUUUAUUGCAUAGUUUAGCUCAGACUGAUAUGCAACGUAAUGCAGAAUUAACAACAACUCAACAAUCAACAACCCAAUCAACAACAAUCAUGAUGUCUCCUACGUCUUCAUCACCGUCCAACACUUAUGGAAAAUUAUCAUUUUGGACUAAUGCCAAUAAUAUACGUUUAUUUUUAAAUGAUAUUGAUGAUUUAAUACAUCGUAUAUUAACUGUAUUAACUGCUACUAUUGAAAUACGUCGACAUUGUGAUGACCCGGAACGUUUAGUUGAUUUACAAUAUGCUUUAGCUAAAUCAUACAGUAGUAAUCCAGCAUUAAGACGUACAUGGUUAGAAGAAUUAGUGAAAAUACACAUGAAUUCAAAAAGUUACACAGAAUUAGCUAUGACUAAAUUACACAUUGCUGCAUUAAUGGCGGAAUAUUUAAAAUGCAAAGAAGAAAAUGAACUUAAAACUGAUUCGUCUACAUUAUUAGAAAUUUCAUAUACUCAAGAUGAUUUAUUGACCGAUAUGAAUGAAGCUGCUUUAGCGCUAGAAUCAGCUGGUUUAUUCGAAUGUAUACGACCAGUGUAUGAAUUAAUUUUACCAGUGUACGAAUACAAAUGUCAAUAUAAUAAUUUAGCACAAAUUUAUCAUCAUAUUGGUCGAGCUUAUGAAUCAAUAAGUCGUGUGGAAUCACAUGGACAUCGAUUAUUUGCAGCAUAUUAUCGUGUUACAUUUCAUGGUCAAUUAUUCGAAUCAAUGGCUGGUAAAUCAUUUAUUUAUCGAUCGAAUCCAUGUGAAAAAUUAAAUGAAAAAUGUCAUGAAUUAUUACAAUUAUAUCGUCGUAAAUAUGGUGAACACUCAGUGGAAUUAAUCAUGGAUAAUUAUAUUAAUCGAUCCAUGUUAGAUCCAAUGAAAGCUUAUGUUCAAGUGACUUAUGUUGAACCGUACAAAGAAUCCGAUGAUUCUAACAAGAAACCACUGAGAUCUUAUGAAAAACAUCAUGAUAUCAGACAAUUUAUGUUUGAAACACCAUUUUUAAAACAAUCAGGUUUAUCCACAGAAGCAUGUCUAUUAGCUUCAGGUCCAAAACAAAGUGAUGAUUUAACUAUUCAAUGGAAGCGUCGUACAAUAUUAACAACUGAAGCAACAUUUCCUCACAUACGUCGUCGACUUGAAAUAAUACAAGUGACUGAAACUGAUUUCAGUCCAAUUGAUUCAGCCAUAGAUGCUAUUCAAUGUAAAAAUCAAGAACUCAUGAAUCAUGUCAUCACUUUACGUAAUAAUCUCGCAGCAAAUUCAAUGAAUUCAAAUGAAACGGAAGAUGCUAAACAGCUCUCAGUGAAUUUGUUAAAUUUACAAUCGCCUACAAUAAAUAUCAAUUCUGCAAAUACUCAACGUACUACUACCACUAAUACUACUACUACUACUACUACUAAUAAUAAUAAUAACAAUGUGAAAUCGACCAAUUGUAAAAUACCAUUGCUAAUGGAUAUGCAAUUACAAGGUGCAUUAUUGCCUACAGUCAAUGCUGGUCCAAUGGCAUAUGCUCAAGCAUUUUUAAAACUUGAAAAUCAAUCACUUUAUCCAAUGUCGAAAGUGAAUCGAUUGAAAGAAUUAUUUUUUGAUUUCUUGUCAACUUGUCUUAUACUAUUGACACAUUAUUACAAUUUAAUGUCAACUAUACAUGAGGCAAAAUAUUGUGCUAUGCGUGAAGCAUUGGAUCGAUAUCGUAUUGAUUUGAGUAAUUUAUUGAAGGAAGAAAUUAUUAUUGAUGAGAAACAAUUAAGAAUUGGACCGAAAUCUUUAUCAUCAACCACGUCACCACCGUCAUCAUCAUCGACAGUGAAUCAAGGCAUCAGUUGAAUAUAAUUCACACAAACACACACAUAAACAUCUUUUCCCCCUCUCUUUAUCAUUUUUAUCUCAUUAAUUCCAAAUGAAACUGGUGUUCAAUUCAAUUCAAUUCAAAUUCAGUGUUAUGUGAUACAUUCCAAUAGUUUAAUCAAUUUUCUCAUCAGUCUUGUACACUGACAAAACAGUGCACUGCAUUGCACUGCACUACACGUACACACACACACACAGUAUGGACAAUGAUGACUUGAUUACUGCUACUGCCGCUGUUGCUGUUGCUGCUGAUGAUGACAGUAUCAAUUUGUUCUUGUCAUGUAUAAACUCCAUACAUCCCUACCCUCUCCCUCUCUCUCUCUCCUGUAAACAUUCAAAGACACAGAAAAACUAAUCACAAUCAUCCUAAUCAUCAUUAUCAUCCACAUAGUCAGUUCAGCGUUGUUUUCUACUUUGAUUAUUUUUCUAUUUCUCUAUCUAAAGUUUAUUUAUUCCAUUAUUGAACAUUGAUCAUUCAUUUCAAACAAACAAACCAAUCAUGUUUGAGAAAUUCUUUGUUUAAAAUAAAAUUAUAGAUCAAGUGCGUGUGUAUGUAUAUUCAUUCAUUCACAUACAUUUCAUCCAGUGCAUUUCUACAUUGACUAACUAUAUUAUUGUACCAAAAAAUUGAAGAAAAAAAAUUGUUAUUUUCAUAAUGAUUAUUAUUGAAUUUUGAAUUUGUUUAAAAUGUGUGUAAAUUUGAUUAUGAAUAUUAUUGCCUGUCUGUGGCCACUGCUGUGUCACACUGUCAUCAACUU